UCAGGGCAGCGAUUUUCGCCUCCAUUUGUCGACCAUGUCACCCAUUUUGUUUUAUCGAGUUUGAGGUUAUCAGUGAUUCAACUAAAAUUGUUAAACCGUUGAUAACGUUAAAUAAACAAUGUCUGAAGCGGCCGGAAAUUGGUGCUUGAUCGAAAGCGAUCCCGGUGUCUUCACAGAAUUAAUCCGCGAGUUUGGGGUAAAAGGCGUCCAAGUGGAAGAACUGUGGAGUCUCGAGCCAGAACAGUUUGAAAAAUUGAAGCCCAUCCACGGUCUCAUAUUCCUGUUCAAGUGGACAAAAGACGACGAACCCAGCGGCUCGAUCGUGCAAGACAGCCGUUUAGAAAAGAUUUUUUUCGCCAAACAAGUGAUAGAAAACGCUUGUGCAACACAGGCGAUUUUGAGUGUUUUAUUAAACUGUCGGCACGCCGAUUUAAAGUUAGGUCACACUUUAACUGAACUCAAAGAUUUCUGUCAAGGUUUUGAUGCAAAUAUGAAAGGCUUAACUAUAAGUAAUUCGCCUGUUAUUAGGUCGGUUCAUAAUUCUUUUGCUAGACAGCAAAUUUUUGAAUUUGAUCCUUCUUUGGCUAACAAAAAUGAGGAUGUUUUUCAUUUUGUUAGUUAUGUGCCUAUAGAUGGCAGACUUUAUGAACUUGACGGCCUCAAAACGGGGCCCAUCGACCUGGGGCCGCUCACAGCCGACUCGGACUGGACGGACGUGGUCCGGCCCAUCAUCGAGAAGAGGAUACAGAGGUAUACGGAGGGCGAGAUUCAUUUCAAUUUGAUGGCGAUAGUUAGCGACCGAAAAAUGCUCUAUCAAAGGCAAAUAGACAAUUUACAAAAAAAACUAGAGGAGUCUGGGAUGGAAACCGACUCGCAACAAGCGGAAAUUGCGCGCCUGCGUCUGCUUAUUGAAGACGAGGAAAAUAAAAGGCGUCAGUAUCGCGUGGAAAAUAUUAGGCGCAAACACAACUAUUUGCCUUUGAUAGUGGAGAUUUUGAAAAUUUUGGCCAAAGAAGGAAAACUAAUGACGCUGUAUGAACAAGCCAAACAAAAAACCUUGAAAAAACAAAAGGCAAAAAUGUCGUCUUAACCACCGAUUUUUCUACUAAUAAAUAAUUUCGAGUAUGA